UAGUUUCAGUUAUAAGGAAGAGAAACUCACACAGUCACUGACACAGAGGAGAAAUGGCACAGAAAGGAGUUCAGCUGGACCGAAGGACAGCAGAAAGGACUGAGAAGCAGAAGGAGCUCGAGGUGAGACGACUAAACAUCCAGCAGAGAAUCCAGGAGCGAGAGAAAGAUGUGAAGCUGCUUCAACAGGAGGUGGAGGCCAUCAAUGGCUCUGCUGAUAAAGCAGUGGAGGACAGUGAGAAGAUGUUCACUGAGCUGAUCCGUCUCCUCCAGAAAAGAAGCUCUGAUGUGAAGCAGCAGGUCAGAUCCCAGCAGGAAACUGAAGUGAGUCGAGUCAAAGAGCUUCAGGAGAAGCUGGAGCAGGAGAUCGCUGAGCUGAAGAGGAAAGACGGCGAGCUGGAGCAGCUCUCACACACAGAGGAUCACAACCAGUUUCUACACAACUACCCCUCACUGUCAGCACUCAGUGAGUCUACACACUCAUCCAGCAUCAAUAUUCGUCCUCUGAGCUACUUUGAGGAUGUGACAGCAGCUGUGUCAGAGACCAGAGAUAAACUACAGGACAUUCUGAGAGAGGAAUGGACAAACAUCUCACUGACAGUCACUGAAGUGGAUGUUUUACUGUCACCAGCAGAGCCAAAGACCAGAGCUGGAUUCUUAAAAUAUUCAUAUGAAAUCACACUGGAUCCAAACACAGCAAGCACACAUCUGUUAUUAUCUGACGGGAACAGAAAAGUAACAAGAAUGAAACAACAACAGUCUUAUUCUGAUCAUCCAGACAGAUUCACUGAAUGCCAUCAGAUCCUGAGUAGAGAGAGCCUGACUGGACGUUGUUACUGGGAGGUGGAGUGGAGAGGGGAAAUGGUUUUUAUAGCAGUCACAUACAAGAAUAUCAGCAGAGCAGGGGGCCUCAAUAAAUGUUGUUUUGGAUGGAAUGAGAAAUCUUGGGUAUUAAAUUGUUACAAAAACAUUUUUCAAUUUUGGCACAACGAUGUCCGAACUCUCCUCUCAGGUCCUCAGUCCUCCAGAGUAGGAGUGUAUCUGGAUCACAGAGCAGGUAUUCUGUCUUUCUACAGCGUCUCUGAAACCAUGACUCUCCUCCACAGAGUCCAGACCACAUUCACUCAGCCGCUCCACGCUGGACUUUAUCUUUCUGAAGUUGGAGACAGUGCAGAGCUGAUUAAAGUCAAAUAGACAGAGAAGACAGGUUCAUGUUGAUCCCUGAUCAUUAUAUGUACUUGUGUAGUUUCUAAAUGAGGCUUUAGUGGCCCAUUGAUUCAAACUGUACUUACAUCUAUAGACCUUACAUCAUUAUAAAUCUGAAUUUGUUCUUAUGGCUGAUAAUGUGAGUUAAAUGAUACUACUCUUCAAAUUCAACAUGUUUGAAAUCUUUAAUCAAUCUGGUUAGUGGUUUUAUUCGGUAGUUGCUGUAGUGGGUUGUCAAAUGCAACAAUAUAUUGAAGCUGCAUCAGUUGAUUCAUCAGUUUGUCAACGAUUAGAGAAUUGAUUGUUUUAUCAUUAUUUUAGUAACAUUUAAAGCUGCUUCCAGUUUCUGAAAUGUGAAGAUUGUUGAUUUUAUAUGUAAAGAAUUUUUCUUUUUUCAUUGAACCUUUUAAGGGUUUUCUCAUAGCAGUUUUGGGGAGUUUUUAAUUAGAUUUACAGCUUCAGAAUAACUUUGUGAUGUCAGAUUAGAAAGUUUGCGUCCAACUGCAGGGUUGGAUUUUUUUUUAUAUGAUAGUUGAAUUUGUUGUAUUAGAAUUGAGUAACAUUUUUACUGAUGGAUGAUUCGUUGUAAAACGUUGAUCUGCCAACAGUUUAUUUCUUUAUUUUGAUUAAAUGUAAAACAAAUAUAUUU